AGUUACACAAUGCUUACAAUCGAAAAAAAAAACACACACACAGCAUCGACGUUGCAUUACACAGGAAUCAGUUCUAGCUAGUCAGAUAUCAAGCAAGCGAGAGAGCGAGAGAGAGAGAGAGAGAGAGAGAGAGAUUGUAGUCUUUUGUUUGAUUGUGUGAGAAGUUCAAGUUCGAAAUGGCGGCAACGAUCAGCGCUGCAACUGCGAUGGUGGCAACCACCAAGCUGUCGUCCGGCAGCUCCGUGGCCUUCAACAACUCCGACUCACUGAAGAUGAAGAUGGCUGUGUCGCGGCGCAACGCCCGAUCUCUCGUCAUCCGCGCUGCAGGAGAGCCCGGCACGGGAAAGGACGAGAGGAACUUGGGCGACAAGUUCAACGACGCAGUGACGGAAGUCUCCAACAGAAUCCAGGACGCGAUGCCCGCCGGCACUCAGCCAGGAGGUGUAGGCAGGAAGCCCGGAGACGAGUGGACACAAUACAGCUCCACAGGCGAGCUCAACCAGUCGAAGAAAGAAGCAGCGGAGCGCGACAACCCAGACGGACUCAACGUCAUGGACAAGCUGCAAGACGCAGGCAGGACGUUGAAGAGCAAGACCAACGACGUGGUGCAAUAUGGGAAGAAGCGCAACCCCAACACCACCGAGGACAACGCCAUGGAGAAGAACAUCAAGGUCCAGUCUGACUACACCAAUAGCAAGUGAACAAAGCUCAUCUAAAGAGAAAAGAGAGCCGUUUGUUCUUUUGUUACAAAGACAGAAUGAAAUACAGAAAGUGUGUGUGUGUGUGUCUGGCUAUCUGAGUGUGAGUUGUUCUUUCUAUGUAUACUUUGUACAGUUGUGCCAGGCAUAUCUUCGGUGUGUAUGUUGCAAGAAGCGUAGUUCGCAUCCGCACUUUAGUUUUUGGUGCAGAAAAGCGUGCUCGCUGUGCACAAUAUGGCCCAGUCUGGAAACUUGAAUAAUUUCCUUGAAAUUGAGCUCAAA